AGAAUUUGUUUAUGAUCAAAAAAAUAAGUUUGUUUGUGUGCUUCGAGUUUGAACUCGCUCUGUCAGAUAUUUCUCUAUCCUUUUGUCUUCCCGUCGUUGCAAACCAAAAAAAAAGAAAAAAGAGAAAGCAGCAGCACAGCCAUGGUUGACGAGCCUCCGGUAAGCAAAGACAAUAAUAGCCCAACUAAACAAAAAGAAAAUGAGAAUAACAAAAAGAAAAAGAAGAAGAAAAAGCGCGGAGGUACGAAGAAGAAGAUGACAGCUGAGCAGAUUUUAGCUUUAAAAGCUGUUACUGAAUGGGUUUAUUUAGAACAUUCUUCUUCGUGUGUGGUUGAUGAUUUUGGUGUGCAAAAGAGUUUGGGAAGAGGUGCGGACAAAAUUGUGUUUGAUUUGCAUUCUCAUUCUAAAUGCAGUGAUGGCUUUUUGUCUCCUUCUAAGCUUGUUGAAAGAGCUCAUGUAAAUGGGGUGAAAGUUCUUUCUUUGACAGAUCAUGACACUAUGGCUGGUGUACCUGAGGCUAUAGAAGCAGCUCGAAGAUUCGGCAUCAAGAUAAUUCCAGGUGUUGAGAUCAGCACAAUUUAUUCUUCAAGCAGCAAUCCUGAAGCAGAUGAGCCAGUCCAUAUUCUUGCAUAUUACAGCAGUUGUGGACCAAAAAACUCUGAUGAACUAGAAAAGUUUUUAGCUAAUAUAAGAGAUGGCCGCUUUCUUCGUGCAAAAAAUAUGAUCUUGAAGCUCAACAAACUCAAGUUACCUCUUAAGUGGGAGCAUGUUGCCAGGAUUGCUGGCAAAGGAGUUGCUCCUGGGAGGCUUCAUGUGGCUAGGGCUAUGGUUGAAGCAGGCCAUGUUGAAAAUCUGAAACAAGCUUUUUCCAAAUAUCUAUAUGAUGGUGGACCUGCUUAUUCUACGGGAAGCGAGCCUCUUGCCGAGGAUGCAAUACAGCUGAUAUGUGAAACAGGGGGUCUUGCAGUGCUGGCUCAUCCAUGGGCAUUGAAGAAUCCCGUUGCCGUCAUCAGAAGGUUGAAAGAUGCUGGCCUUCAUGGGCUGGAAGUCUAUAGAAGUGAUGGAAAACUUGCAGUAUAUAGCGAUCUAGCAGAUCUUAAUGGUCUUUUGAAGGUCGGAGGAUCGGAUUAUCAUGGAAGGGGAGGAAAGAGCGAGUCUGAAGUGGGAAGUGUGAAUCUCCCAACCUUGGCUUUGCACGACUUCCUCAAGUUAGCUCGACCAAUCUGGUGUGAUGCUAUAAGAGACAUACUUGAUAAGUAUGUGAAGGAGCCCACUGAUACUAAUCUCGCUACUAUAGCAAGGUUCGGAAGAGCACGGAUUUUGGAGGGAAAUAACCCCUCGAGUUUGGGAACCGACUUGAUUGAGCGUUGCUUAUCGCUGUGGCUAACGAAUGAAGAGAGACAGAAUGCUGAGUUGGAUGCAAUUAAGCUCAAGUUUUCUCAUAUUUCAGUUGACGAGGCUACAACUCAGGACUGAUAUUUGAUUGUACCAAUCUAUACAAAAUGAUGAUGAGUUUAAAUCUUUGUUGUUUCUGGUUGGGUCUUUGUUAAAAUUAAUAAGGGUAUUGUUUCAGAUUUUUAAAUCUUUUCUGGAAAAACUAAAUCUUUUAAUAUAAUUAUUUAAGGCCUAUUUGAGAUAAA